AUGUGUGGUGUUGGUGAAUCAACAGUGUGCAAAAUAGUACACAAAGUCUGCAGUGCUAUAUGUGAACUGAAAAAGGAUUUCAUCAAGUUCCCAAAUGCUGCUGAACAGGCCACCUGCAAGGUAGAUUUCUAUGAAUAUGGGAACUUCCCUGGAGUCAUUGGUUGUACCGAUGGCUGCCACAUUCCCAUCAAGUGUCCCUCUACAGCAGAUGCUGAGGAAUUCAGAAACUGUAAAAACUGGUUUUCAGUAAAUGUACAAGGAGUGUGCACUCCCACUAUGCAGUUCUCCAAUAUUGUUGCACGCUGGAAAGGUUCAACUCAUGACUCAAGGAUUUUCCACAACUCCUCUUUAUAUACUCAGUUUGAAGCAAGACAACACUCUGGAAUUCUACUUGGUGACAGUGGGUAUGCGCAGACAAACUUCUUGUUCACCCCUUAUCCCCAUCCAGUCAGACCAGAGCAACAGCGCUAUAACCAAGCUCACAUUCUCACCAGAGGGCUAAUAGAGCGCAUGUUUGGUGUAUGGAAGAAUCGUUUCCAGUGUCUCCGAAAUACACUGCGGUUUGAACCUAGGAGGUGCUGCAUUGUUAUUAUUGCAACAGCAGUGCUUCAUAAUUUUCUUAAACGGUGCGGCUGCCCAGACCCUGAUAUUGAAGAUGAUGACCAACAUGUCCCCAUCCCUGAGCUAGCCAAUGACAGAAAUGGACUUGCUUACAGAGAUGCUUUUGCUUUGCAGCACUUCUCAUAA